UCAUCAGUGUGCGUCCUCAGCUCAGACAGCGCUCUGUUCUCCGGGAUGUUUACCGUUUACCGUUUACCGUCUGGUUCGGAGCUCUGAGGCGUUUGUGUCGCUCACAGGGCGCUGCUGAGUCGCUCUUUGUUUGUUCCCUGAGUACAUCUUGACCUCGGCGCUGGUUUUUCUCCGUUCUCUGACAUGGAGUCGGGCGAGGCCAGCGAGGAGAAGACGAGCUCCGUGUCGGCGGCGCAGCGGAGGGCAGAGAUCCGGAGGAGGAAGCUGCUGAUGAACUCCGAGGACCGCAUGAACCGAAUCGUAGGCUUCGCUAAAACCGAGGCUGAAAAUAACGCAGGAGCGUCCCGGCGUCCCACAGAACCUCGCUUCCACCUCGAUCUGGACAGAACAGAGCCGUGGUCUUCGUCCUCCUCUUCCCCGAGACCGUCUCCCUUCCUGCCAGAGGCGUCGGGACUCGGCAGCCGCUCCCACAGCGCCACCCCAGAGAGGAGGGGGUCUCCACUGCCAGACUGCAGCGAGCCACCCGGAGGCUCUCUGGAGGACGAGCUGGGAGGCCUCCGGCAGAGGCCGAGAGGAGAGCGGGUGUCAGACGACAACAGCGGCUCCCCACGUCGAGGCCUCCAGAAGUACCUGUCCCGCUUUGACGAUGCCAUGAAGCUCCGCGGUCAGCUGGCCAACGAGAAGCCGGCUCAGGACGGAGGGUCCGACUCAGAGGAGUUUGAUCCCUUCAGGGUCUUCAGGCUCAUCGGCAGCAUCCUCCUCGCUGUGUUUGUCAGGGUUUUUGUCUGCAAGUAUCUGUCAAUAUUUGCUCCGUUUCUGACCCUUGAACUGGCCUACAUGGGACUGUCGAAAUACUUUCCAAAGGUAGAGAAGAAGACCAAGACCACUGUCCUAACCGCUGCCCUGCUGCUGUCUGGGAUCCCUGCUGAGGUCAUCAACCGCUCCAUGGACACCUACAGGAGGAUGGGCGACGUCUUCGCUGACCUCUGCGUUUACUUCUUCACCUUCAUCCUCUCACAUGAGAUCCUGCUGCUGUUUGGUUCAGAGACUCCCUGACGGACGACGAGGACCUCAGCGACCCCCCCACCUCCCUCCUCGAUGUCCCCCGCCUCCCUCUGUCUCCCAUAGCAACAAGGCAUGCUCAUUCUGCCUGUUUGUCGUCUGGAUCCCUGCUGCCUUACGAUCAGGGCUGGACACCACCCGGACGGAAGCUCUUCAGGAUUCCACUAAAGCUACAUGUGAACAGUGUUUGUUACAGGGAAACAGAAGGACAGUUUGUGUUUUGUAUGUGCAAAGAAUGUAUCGUCAUUUAUCGUGCUGAGGGAUAUUUAUUUGUCAACAACCACAGGUUCCGUUUAACUUAUGAAGGGGAAACACUGGAGUCCUCAAAGGCUGGGUUGAUGUUUCUGAACCUGACUCCUGAUGUUGAUGCAUAACAGCAGUUUAUAUGAGAUGAUCAAAUUGUGUCCAAUGCAGGGAACUGUUCCAGUCAUUAGAAAACUUCUGGAAAACACUAAAGUCAAAGAGUAAACUAACACCAGGCUGACAGGCAGAACUUCACAGCCUUUAUAGUCUCAUCGAAUUCAGUUUUUGGUGCUUUGCAGAAAAGUUUAAGCCUGCCUCAAAAGAAAACCACUGCCGCUGAAAUGAUAAGAACCGAUAAAAGCAAAUAGCAGCUUGAGUUUUUAAUCAGUUUUGUUCAUUGCUUAAACAAAAUAGACAUUUUUCUUUAUGAAUUGGUCAGAAAUGACAGGACAAACUCAUACAGAUUGAUCACAUUAAACGUCAUUGGUGGGAGCCUGGAAAAACCCUGAAAAAGGCAGUAAUGAUGUCUUCAGCUGCUGUUGGGUUGUUCUUUACAGAGCCAGUUUAUUCUGUUGGUUUCAAAUUGCUUUGGAUGAUUUAUUUAAAGUGAUGUUUUGUGAGUUCAGCAAACUGACUCAGCAAUAUCUCUAAAACUAUGAGGCAGACAAGUUAAGUCUAUAUCUGCAAAACCUCCUGAGUGCAUUGGACUAAAGUAACAGUGCACGUUGACAUCUAUGAAUUAAGCUUCUCAUUUGUCUGAAGAGAAAUGUACACAGUCUCAGCUUAGAUGGCAGAACUUUGUAGGAAGAAAACACAAUCUGCUGACGUUCUCAGCUGAUCACUUGAAUUGUCGCCCGGCUCUUAGUCACUCCAGAGAUGAGCUAACAGACAGCUAGACUGCUCUGAAUCUGCUGCAAAACCAUAUAAUGCUGACAAAAAGAUGAAACCUGCCGGAGGAGUUUAGCUGGUAAACCACAGAAAUGAACUGAAACGGAAGCAGACUGAGCAAAAACCUUUAGAUGAGACAUUUUUUAAGGCUCCUGGUUGCUAUUAAUGACAGAACUGACAGAAGCUGGUAGUUUCCUUUUUCCCUCAUACAGCAGAUCUCUUCUCCUGCUGACUGACUACAAUGUGAGGCCACACAGGGGUUGCUUUCAUUAUGCUGAAGUGUCUUUUCUUCAGCUUCUCCCUGCCACGAUGUCAGAGAGAGAGAUGCGAUGAUGAAGGCUGCAACUUCUGACAUCAGAUCAAACCAACCACCAUGAAAGUGCAGCGUUUUAAUGAUAAAAGACUUGAUGCACCUGUGUUUCCUCACUCUGAGCUCCUCCUCAUCUCCUUGAGGUGCAUUUAACUCAUUGAAAAAUGCUUUGUAAGUUGGAAUAUCUCUCAGUUCAUGCAAGAAAUUACCAUUUUACAUUAGGAAAAGCACCCCUGGAUGUUGCAAAUGUGUCACAAAGAGUAACUGUCAUGGAGGUUUCUUGUAAACUCUGUCACUGUUUUUUUUUAUUUUAACCCCAAAAACCUCAUCUCUGUAUCAAAGUGACACAUUUAGGAUUUUAUUUUUUUUACAUGAAAAUAAUCUCUUCCUGCCUUAAAGUGGCAGGGGAGCUUUUGAACAAUAUGUGUUUUGAGAUUCGUUUCAAGACUCAGAAAUUUGCUUUAUGGCGAGAUUCUGUGAAUAAUCUCAGAAAUCUUGCUUUUUUUGUGUUAAAUUAUGGCACCCCUCCCCAGCUAGAAAGUGUUUCCUCGCUCUAAGCUCCUCCUCAUCUCCUUGAGGUGCAUUUAACCAAUUGCAAAAUUCUUUAUAAGUUCGAAUAACUUUUGGUUUAUGCAGGAAAUUAUCAUUUUAUGUUCUGAAAAUAAUCCCUUCCUGCCUUAAAGUGGCAGAACAAUCUAUAGAGCCUCCUCCAUCAUUCGCUGCAGCCCGAGCACACCUGCUCACCUGCUCUACACUACACUGUGACAAACACUGGAGUACUUCAGCCUGACAUGUUUGAAACCUGAUUCUGAACAGGAAUAAUGAUACAGAAGCUUCACUAUACAAGCUGACAGGAUCGGUUCCUCAGAUUUCUUGCAUACGAAACCCGCAGUUUCAGGGUGAAAAUACUCCUCUACAGUGUUGACUGCUUGUUUCAGUCAUGAUGCAUCUAAGAAAACAUCUAGACAAGGUAGAAAACUAGAUUUCUGCAGGAGGAAGUGUGACUGCGUAAAGCUUCAGGAGCUUUUGAGCAAUAUCUGUUUUGAGAUUCAUUUCAAGACUCAGAAAUUUGCUUUCUGACUAGAUUGUGUGAAUAAUCUCAGAAAUCUUCAAUUUUUUUUGAAGUUAUGGCACCCCUCUCUAGCUAGAAAAUACUUUGAAUGCAGUCAGCCAUCAGUUCAACACACUAAUGAUCUAAUUGUAGGAGAAACAGUCCUGUGAGUCUUUUAGUCCAUCAUACAGUCCGGACUACUUUCUAAUGACAUUAACAGCUUUGAUUACAAGGCUUAGAGCUUAAUGGUCAAAACUACACUGAGUGAAUCAAAUAAAUGAGGACAAAUGACACUUUUUCCGACUCAGAAAUGAGCCUCUCCAGCUCUCAGUUAGUUGGAGAUUCAAAUCUGAACAUUUUAAGCAACAUUUUUGGAGCUUCCUCCCUCAGCUGUGUUUGUUUGGACAGAGCCACAGCAGUCCGGUGCGUCUUCAGAACUUGACCUCUCCGUUAACCGAUAGAUUUUAAUUGUAUCAGUGUUAUCAGAUUUCCUCGCUUCAGCUCAUAUUUCAGUGUUCAGAAAGGGUCCACCUGCAUUAUGAACAAGUUUCCUCCUUUGUUUUAACUCAAAUUAAAGAAGCAUUUAGUCCUUGAAUGUGGAGUUUAUCGUUUUGCACGGCUGUGAGCUUAAAGUUGCAGUAAGCUUUGAUGAGAAUGUUGUGGGUUUUACUGGAAAGUACUGUUUAAAAUGAGCCACUUCUGCUUGUUUGUGUCAAGUAAAUCUGGUGACUUGUCCUGCUCUACCUGCAUUAUAGGCGGUAAACUCUCUGCUCAUGUGCUUUUGCGCCCUUGCUUCAUGUUUUUUUUUUUUUUUUUUUUUUAUCCAGAUUAAUUUAUUAAUGUGAAUAUUUUUCUUGUAAAUGAAUUUGGUGUGAUUUCUCCUGCGACUUUUUCUGACCUACUUGAUUGUUUUUGAUAAAUUUACAGAAAAAACAGUUUUUAAUGGCUCUUAUGUAUUUGAACUUCAGUAACUGAAUCAGUGUUGAUGUGAUGUAAACAGUCUCUGCUUCCAAACGUACACAGGAACAAAUAACCGGACAGUUCAUACCAAAUAAAUACUACUUGUGUGACUUA